AUGCCACCGUCCUGGCGAGAUGGCCUUGUCAACGCGUUUCCGAUCCCGCAGGAUCGAGUGAGAACAAAAGCGAAAAGGGCUCUGAAACAGGAACACAAUGAUGAGAACCUGUCCCCUGUUUCCAACCAAGCCGAUGAAGAAGUCCCAAUGGGGAAACGAUUCCCCUUUCUUGAACUACCUGCAGAGAUCCGUAACCGGAUCUACAGCCUCGUUCUCUUCAGCAAGUUGGGAUACCGAGGAGCUGAUGGCGGGAAGAAGAGGCGCACUUCCAUCCUUGCCGUAAGCAAGAAGGUGCACCAAGAGGCGUCAUAUAUCUUAUACAGCUCACUGAGCUUCAGAAUCUUUCCUCUCCAGGACUUUACCCCGGCCCCAGUCAUCCAAGAAUUGCGACCAAUGUACCGCUCCAUGGUGACUAAGCUGGAAAUGGUGGUAGGAUCGAGCUGGACCAGUCCGCCCAAGACCUGGCGCGUAAGCAAACUGCUGGCGAGACGUCUAGGAAGGCUCUCUGCAGUCCAAACGCUCAAGGUUUUCGUCGAACUAGAUCCGAGUCUCCCCAUGUUUGAAAAAUACAGGGUUUCGUAUGAUUUCUACACCGACUUUUGUGGGGACUUGCUCUCCGAGGUUCUGGCUGCUAUGCCGCAUCUUACUGCCCUGGAAAUGGAUGGGAAUCCCGGCAUUGACAGCACAGGGCCUCUUGUAUCAAGGCUGCUUGCUGAGGCUGAGAACAAAGGGAAGAUGUGUACGUUAGGACCGACAAAGACACUUGCCACUCCGGCAGGCCUGAGGCCUGUCUUCUGGCAAUGA